AUGAGUGAUGAUAUCUCCCUCAGAUGCCGUGCAGAUGAGCUGUUCUCUGUCUCGCUCGCACCCCUCCCCCGCACCAUGCCGCGCGUCCCAUUUCGCGCGUGCCUCACUCGCACUGUCUAUAUCUGCUACACUCUUCUAGUUGAUACUCCGUUGUUCUGCUUGGCAGCUCGGAAAGAGAAUGUCGUUGAGCCAAAUAACACGAUCCCGAUAAAUAUCUGA